CACACUUCUCUCUCUCUCACAGUGUUCAGUACAGUAUAGAAUAUAGAUUCUUCUCUCUCUCUCUCUCUUUCUCUCUCUCUCUCUCUCUCUCUCAGACACACACACACAAGUUCGCCGGUAGACUGAUUUCCCGGCGAAGCCCAAUUCAAUUCGAUUCAAUUCAAAUGCUAUAUCCAGUAUCCUCCGAUAUAUGUAUCAAGUCGCCGGCGCUGGCGCAUUCACUCUGGACCAUUAUAUGUGUACAUAUGAUAUGAAUGCUCAGUCAAGCUUAAUUUUCGUUUUUUAAACCUCAACAAGUCAAGGAUUGUUUAAUCCAAUUCCAACUUCCAUUUGCAUGGUGGGUUUUUGGUUUGUCCCACACAUUGAAACACACACACGCGGGAUACGAUUAUCGUACAGGUAGAGUCCCGGUUGUAGAUUUACAGCGAAGAUGUCGGUGUACGACGCGGCGUUGUUGAACACCGAGCUGUCAAAGAAAACCUCGAUCUUCGGACUUCAUCUAUGGGUGGUGAUCGGGAUAGUCGUCGGAGCGGUGAUUGUGCUCGUCCUAUUUCUAUUAUCGCUUUGCAUCACCGCCUCGCGCCGCCUCGGCAGCGGCAAGGGUAAACUUCGCCGUCCGGCAAAACUCUCAGGAGGCGGCGAGAUUACUCCUGUCGUUUCCAAGGAAAUCCAGGAGAUCGUCCACGACCCCGCUGCCGAUCACCGGACGAUUGUGCCUCAGGCAGUGCCGGAGAUACAGAUAGACAUGGGCAAGGUGGAGCAUAGAGUGGUGUUUUCUGAUCGAGGAGCAUCGAGUGGUGAGAGCAAGGCUACAAGUGGAGCCGACACCGGGUCAUUUGGAGGCAGCGGGUCUUUGCCAGAGGUUUCACAUUUGGGAUGGGGACGGUGGUAUACCCUGAGAGAGCUUGAGGCAGCCUCUAAUGGCUUGUCUGAUGAGAAUGUCAUUGGUGAAGGUGGAUAUGGCAUUGUGUAUUACGGCGUCUUGACUGAUAACACUCGAGUUGCCAUAAAGAAUUUGUUGAAUAACAGGGGUCAAGCUGAAAAAGAGUUCAAGGUGGAAGUGGAAGCAAUUGGACGUGUCAGACACAAGAAUCUCGUUAGAUUGCUUGGCUACUGCGUUGAAGGAGCUUACAGGAUGCUAGUCUAUGAAUACGUGGACAACGGAAAUUUGGACCAGUGGCUUCAUGGAGAUGUCGGUGAAAUCAGCCCUUUGACAUGGGAAAUCCGGAUGAAUAUCAUUAUAGGAACUGCAAAAGGCUUGGCUUAUCUACACGAGGGUCUGGAACCAAAGGUUGUUCAUCGUGACAUCAAGUCCAGCAACAUACUGCUCGACCGUCAGUGGCAUCCCAAGCUGUCUGAUUUUGGGCUCGCUAAACUUUUGAAUUCGGAGAGCUCUUAUGUGACUACUCGAGUGAUGGGAACAUUUGGAUAUGUUGCUCCAGAAUAUGCUUGCACAGGUAUGCUGACCGAGAAGAGUGAUAUUUAUAGCUUCGGGAUACUACUUAUGGAGAUUAUCACUGGAAGAUCUCCCGUCGAUUAUAGUCGGCCACAGGGAGAGGUUAAUCUGGUUGAUUGGCUAAAAAUGAUGGUUGGAAAUAGGAAAGCCGAGGAAGUGGUGGAUCCUAAAUUACCCGAACGGCCUGCCACAAAAGUGCUGAAACGUGUUAUCUUGGUUGCCCUUCGAUGUGUCGACCCGGAUGCCCAAAAGAGGCCAAAAAUGGGUCAUAUAAUACACAUGCUGGAAUCAGAGGACUUGUUAUCACGCGAUGAACGAAGAGUUGCUCGGGAAUCUUCCAGUUCCCUCCGAGAAGAUAAACAAAACAGUGAAGGUAUUUCUGGUGCUAGUGAAGGGGAUAGCAGUAGGAAACAGAAUUUGCCAACUGGAUGGAGAUAGAAUUACGGUUAGAUUUCUAUUAAUGAAAAAUUUUCCAUGCUUAUUCAUACCAUUCCAUCAUGUGCUCUACUUAUGUUAUAUCACCAUUGUUUUCUAGUUGUUGCCUAAAGAAUUAACAUCUUGUAAAGCGAGUGAUUCAUUCUUUACUCUUAUAGAAAUCACAGCAAAUUCUUUUCCCCUUGCUUUGAAGUUGACGAAUAUUUCGUCUACUAUACUUUCAUCCUUCUCCAACUUUAGUUUGAUUAUGAACCAUUCAGAAACUCAAAGAUAGGUCGUGACACUUGUGCAAGAAACGAGAAUGAAAAUCAACUACUGUAAGAUAGUGGUUUUCAAAUAUUCAAAAUGUGUUAUGCUUGUUCGAGUUUCUUUGACCAGGAUUGUCUUUUCUGUAUGAUGAUUGAUGCAUCCCACAAUCAUCCAUCAGCUAUUUAUGCUGAGGCUCUUGUGUAAAAUACAAUUUAACCCUCACAAUAAAGUGUCGUCAAAGCGGAACGUGAGAUCAGAUGUCUCCUCAUUCCAACAUGCAUAACGUCCAUCAACAUGACAACAAAGCGUUCCAUGCAGAAAGUGUGCAUAGGUUACGUGCUGUCUUUCUUGGACUUGUUAUGGUUCGACAUGUAAACGUUACGUGCAAGAUUGUUGGCCAGCUAAUAUUGGUUGAAGCAUAUAUUGAUGGUUCCUUGUUGCUUUAAGACAAGCUAUGCAUCCACAUGUAAAUGUUGGAGAGAGGAACAUGGUAUGGUAUUGAUUUAGGGUGGGUAGUGGUGUUUGUUGUUGCCUAUAGAGAACAACUGGGAUAGUUGGUGUGAUGGGAGCUGGCAAAAUGGACGUAUUAGCCCCCAAAAAGGGUCCUGUUUUGCUUCUUUCUGGUGAUUGAAUGAUGCGUAUGCAAAGUGGAUGUAUUAGGCAAAAA